AUGGCGGGUGUUUUAUUUGAAGAUAUUUUUGAUGUCAAAGACAUUGAUCCAGAUGGCAAAAAAUUUGACAGAGUAUCCAGAUUGUUCUGUGAGAGUGAAUCUUUUAAAAUGGACCUGAUACUUGAUGUUAAUGUACAGAUCUAUCCUGUUGAUCUAGGUGACAAGUUCCGAUUAGUGGUAGCAACUACACUAAGAGAAGAUGGUGCUCCAGAUGAUGAAUACAAUCCAGCUAAUACCGGUCCUUCUAGAGCUGAUCAGUUUGAAUAUGUUAUGUAUGGUAAAGUUUAUCGUAUUGAUGGUGAUGAUGGUUCGGAUGCUUCCAGAUUGUAA